CGAUGCCACGAGUGCCGCCCCCGCAGGGUAGUUGAGGACCCCCGGAAGGGCCUUCCGGAGUCUCGAGAGUUACCCCACUAGUGACAGGGAUGAUUGCCGCCCUUGGACUGGGUCCCCACGUCAGCAGGUGAUUUGGAGGUUGAAAUCUGUCGUUUACCUCCAGCCCUUGUCCCUGACUCAGACGAUAUGGACACAGUAUGGCCCCAGUCAACCGGCACACCUCAAAAGGAAGACUUGUAUUGUCGAUAUUUUGCCUUCAAACGCUCUAUAUCCAAUUUAUUAUUGGCUGCUAUCAGACGUUCGUGAGUAGACCUGGAGGUCCCAUGAACGGUACAUUCACAGGACCGAUCUUCACCAAUCCCAGGGGGCUGACAGUGAGCUGCGUGUACACGUUCCUAGGUGGUCCAGGACAACGGGUCCAGAUCACCUUCGAUUCCUUCCGUUUAAGAGGCACACCUCCAGAUGGAGCAGCAGUUGGGGAUCUCCCUACAUGUGUCCACGAGUACAUGGACAUCUAUUCCGAGGUGACCCAGCCGGAUCUGGCUGAACUGGUCAGUUCACCCUUCGGCGGACGGUACUGCGGUCCCAUCCCACCCAGGACGAGGGUCUCGUUGUACCGGGCGCUGGCCUUCUCUUUCCAUUCGGAUAAAAACGCCUCCAUGCCUGAAGUCUUCACCGGAAGAUACGCCUUUAUCAACGACUCUGAGUACGAGGUGGGUACUCCAACUGGUGCUGGUCCUUGUAAUUUCCUAGUAAAAGGUGCUGCCAAACAUACAGGGAGCAUAGUGUCUCCCACGUACCCCGGAGCCUAUCCGAAGAGUCUUUCCUGCUCUUACCAGUUCCUGGGGGCACCCGGUGAACGUAUUCGACUGGAAUUUAGGGAUUUCGACUUGUUUUAUGGUGGACAGCACUGCCCAUUUGAUUAUGUAAGGGUACACGACGGCCCAGACAAUUCUUCGGGUAUCAUCGGUACUUACUGCGGCCAACAACGUAACCUGGUGGUUUAUUCGUCGGAGUCGUCACUGUACGUCACUUUCGUCACCCUCAGACGCACUGCCAAUACACAAAAUAGAGGGUUUAAAGGGAUAUUCGAGUUUUCUAAUUCUUUUACAAAAUUAGAUUUUAUAAGCAAAAACGAUGGAGAACACAUACGAGGCACGGAAUGCGAUCAGAGAAUUUUCAGCAAAAAGGAAUCGAACGGUUUCGUCUACAGUCCCAACUAUCCGUUCCCCUACAUGCCCAAACUGGUGUGUAGGUAUUUCAUCUACGGGAUGCAGAACGCCCAGUACUUGGAAAGGGUUCGACUAGAAUUCCUCAUGUUCGAAAUACCCAAAGGUAGCAGAGGAGAUUGUUCUGAUGGUUAUCUGAAAAUAUACCUCAAAGGCCAAGAAACUAUGGACGCGUAUGACAAAUUCGACCACGAAUUGUGCGGAGAUGUGGCUGAACCACUCAGCAUGGUAUCUGAUGGUCCGAGAUUAUUGAUGGUUUUCAGUUCGGGCGAACUGAUGGGUAGAGGAUUUAAAGCCAACUACACAUUUGAGACUGAAUAUCGAAUUCCUGGUACUGCCGCCCCGGAUGGUACUUGUACCUUCACCUACCGCAGUACCUCGAAGAAGAAAGGCGAAUUCAACUCGCCCCGAUAUCCCACAAACUAUCCCAGUUUUACCAACUGCACUUAUCACUUCCUAGCCACAGAUAACGAACAAGUCACUUUGGUUUUUGAUAAUUUCAAAAUCAGGGCUGAUAACGUAAAUACUACCGUCGGAGCCUAUGGUGCUGAGUUAUGUCAAGAAGACUGGUUAGAAAUCUACAACGUCUAUAGAGACGGUACGGAGAUAAUAGUCGGAAGGUACUGUCAUAUGUCAGCUCCAGGUCCCGUAGAAUCCAACAGAGGAGCUGUGGGACUCAAGGUCAUACUACACUCCGACGAAGCCAACGUUUCCAGCGGUUUCAAGGCUAGGUACAGUUUCGAAGUGGCCAAAUCCAUCUUUGGAGAUUGUGGAGCAAAUGUGAGUAGUUCAGAUAGUGGUCAGAUACUUAGUCCAAACUAUCCGAAGAACUAUGAUGCUCCCAAGUCGAGUCAGGCAUCUAAAAGCUGUCACUGGUACAUCAGCGUACGACCAGGCCACAGGAUUCUAAUAAUUUUCGAUAAGUUUGCUAUUGAAGGAGAACCGAGCGGGAGGGGAUGUUCAGCGGCAGUUUUGAGGUUAUGGACUGACAUCGCAGCACCUAGCAAAGAGCUAUGCGGUGAAAAGCCUCUCAAAGAGAAAUGGCAGUAUGUUUCGACUUCUAACCAGAUGAGAUUAAGCUUUAUAACUGCGGAUAAGGCUGUGGGGUACGCAGGGUUUAAAGCCGUAUGGACCGAGGUACUUAACGGACCUUCCUGCGAUGAGUUCCAGUGCGAGAUAUCCCUGUUUUGUAUACCGUUUCACCUCAAGUGCAACCAGAUACCGAAUUGCGGAGUUGACGAUGACUCCGACGAAAAAGACUGUCUGCCAGCCGAAGAACCUCAAAAUCCCUUUCGGAUGUCCUGGGUGGUUAUCAUGGGCGCCAUUUUGUUAAUUCUGAUCAUCCUCUGCGUCAGCUGUCAGCGGAAAAGACGCAGGCGCAGAGAGAGGGAACGGGCGAUGCGUCGCAGCAUCCACAUACCAGUAGCCAUUCCAGGUACAUCCAGACAACAGGUGCCCCAUUUCUGCGACGAGCUAGGCGAGCGGUUCGCGUCCGUCGACAGCGUCUGAUGACGGCUGUCGUCGCCGCGGGCGAAACGCUGGCUGUGGCGCUGCCUCCGCGAGGCCUCGCGACCCUACUAUCGCCUGCCGAAGACGACCGAUUGGAUAGCCGAACGCGUACGAUCGUAAACGAGUAAGCGGCCAAUCGGGUUCGAUCGCGUUUCUUAAGCCAGGUUCACAA